AUGCACUGGCGAUAUACGUAUGAGCCAGUUAAUCAGUUGGCAAAGGAAAGUAUUUUUGUAGACCCGGAUCACCCUAUGACAACUCGUUUAAAGACAGGUUGUCUUAUGCUUUGGGAUAUGACACUUCGGUUGAAGUCAACUGAUCAUUUUAGACAUGCUUCUCGUUUGCUUACAUGUAAUAAGGUUGUUGCGUUUGAUGUUAAUAGUUAUUUGUCAGGUUCUCCACGUGAGAAUGCUGAAGUUAAUAAUGACUAUCUCGUCUUCACCUAUCUGAAUAUGAUGUUAACAUCUUGGAGAGUUGUGGAUAAUACGCAAAUAGGCAGGGAGAUUUUAGAUGACAGAUAG